CCUUUCUUACUCUCAUGGCUGUCUUCACGCAAACCAAGGACGGAUAAAUACUCACCGAUCUGUACUGCUACGUCCGUGAAUGCCCUUCAUCGCCGUCUUCUUCGCAAACCAUGUCUGAGCUCUUGGCGUUUUCCGCACACUUCUUCGGAUGUCUCUCGCUUGUCCUACAGCCCUCGCAACCCUGCCGUUCCUCCCAUUCUUAAUCCUUCCACCCUCUUCCCCCACCCGUGUCCCCGCUCACCUCCCGGCUUGCUACCCCGCGCACCCAUUGCUCCAGGCCAAGGCCUGGAGUGCCUCGACCGCGCCAAUGCGUACAUCAUGCGCGCCGCGUGAUGAGCUUUCUAUUGAGUCCCGCGGAGGAUCGAAAUGAAUGUUGGGGUGACGUAUUUGGGUCUUUGUGCGUAUGCCUUGCCUGAAGGCUCCUUACAGUUGUUAAGGGCACCUUCUAAGGCUUCCUUCCCUUCCCGCGUAGACUUACCCUAGGCACCCUACCUUUCUAUGCGACUGUACGUAAGUACAGUAUGCGACUAUACAUCCAUCAUGCGGACCUCGAACCGGGUGAGUCUUCGAGUGAAUGCGAAGGUUCUGACGGGUUCUGCUAGGUCCAGCUUAAGAGAAAGAGGGAAGCCUCGGAUCCUGCAGCACUUCUUGGUCGAGGACGGGAUAGGCUGAGCGAGCUUGGG